AUGAACAAGAAGGACAAAAAUGUGGUGAUCAAGGAGACGAACAGGAUCAGUGAAAGAGAAAGAGAUGAUGACGAAGAAGAGAAGAAGAUCGAUGCAUUCUUCAAGCUUAUCAAAAACUAUCAGGAAGCACGUAAACGGAGACGAGAGGAGUUAAAUGAAAAUUCCGGCGACGUGAGGAAGAAAUCGAACGGCGGAGAGAGGUCCGGUGCUGUAGUUCCGGCGUUUCAGCCGGAGGAUUUCUCACAGUGUCGUACAGAUUUGAAGCCAUUGAUGACUGUUUCGGAUACAAAGGUGAAAGAGGAGGAAGAAGAAGAAGAAGAAGCAGAGAAGGAGGUGAAAGAAGAGAAGGCUUUAGAUCUUAAUCUUGCAUUAUAA